AUAUUAUGUAUCUCUAUGUAUCUAUCAUACGUGUUUUACCGACGAAAUACAAUUGAGCUUUGACUCAAAGCCUUUGAGCAUCGUCAAAAAAGCGAGUAAUGCUUGGUGUUUCGCGUUAGUAAAGACCAGUCCGUCUCUGUUUCUCAUCGUGUAAAGAGGUGUUUUGCUCGAAUGAUGAAAGAGAAAUAAGAAUUCACACGUUUCUUUACACAUAUUAUUGUAGUACCACUCGUUUACACGAUUUACACUGUAAAUUUUACAAACUUACAAGAAAAUCAGCGCAAAUUAAUUACAGCUAUCCAUUCUAUGCAAAAUAUGAAGUCCAUUCUUCCCCUGUAUGUGAAAGGAAAAGUGGUCAAAGGUUUCGGGCGAGGUUCUAAAAGUCUUGGAAUUCCGACAGCAAAUUACGAACAAUCUGUAGUCGAUAAAUUACCGGACCAACUUAAAGCAGGGAUCUAUUUUGGGUGGGCAAAAGUUGGGAAUCAGGGUGUGGUGGAGAAGUGCUGCUUAUCCCUUGGAUGGAACCCCUACUUUAAGAACCAGGUCAAGUCCAUGGAAACUCAUAUAAUCCAUAAUUAUCAAGAAGAUUUUUACGGGUCCAUCCUUAAAGUUUGUGUUGCUGGUCAUAUACGAGACGAACAAAAUUUUAGCAGCAUUGACGAAUUAAAAAUCGCCAUCGAAAAUGAUAUACAAUUUACUCUUAAAGAACUAGACAAACCGGAAAUGCUGGAGUACAAGAACAACAAUUUCUUCAUGACUGAAAAUGGAUUCGCUUAGUUAGAUUAAUUGCGUUAUGUGUGGUUAAAUGUUAGUAUGAGUCUGAAUUUGCAACUGAAAAUUUAAUUAACAAAAAUUACUUUGUAAUUUCAUAAAAAUAGUCAGAAUGCCUAUAAAAACAGAAGAAUCUCGCAAAAAUUGUACCUGCGCACAUUUUAUGGAAAUAUGUAUUAAAUAAAGAAUGACUAUUUUAAGGA